UCCCCCGCUUCAACAGCCCGGUCUCGGCUGCUCGGCGACGGUAAUAGGGGAGGGGGGAACGUGCGUACGGCGUAACAGCCGCGUCGUCGCUACGGGAGCCGGGAGGGCCCAAGCCGUGCACUGGUCCCCUCACGCCUUGGACUUCAUGUAAGCAAAUGGCCAAUGCGGAAGUAAACAUCCCCAUCGGGGAUGUGGUUGUUGUGCCAACCGAUGGAAAUGAAGGGGGAAACCCAGAAGAUACCAAGACCCAGGUGAUCCUGCAACUGCAGCCUAUACAGCAAGGCAGGAUUUAUCAAGAAAGUUCUGAGACCAAUACAGCUGUCGUUGCUGUGGAAGCACACACCAUCCACAAGCUUGAAGAAGGCAUUGAUUCCAGAACAAUUGAAGCCCAUGAGGAAAUUGAGAUUGCGUACCCCAUCACCUGUGGAGAGAGCAAAGCCAUCCUUCUCUGGAAGAAAUUUGUUUGCCCUGGAAUCAAUGUCAAGUGUGUUAAGUUCAAUGAUCAGCUUAUCAGCCCAAAGCACUUUGUUCAUCUGGCCGGCAAAUCUACCCUGAAGGACUGGAAGCGAGCCAUUCGCCUCGAAGGAAUCAUGCUGAGAAAGAUGAUGGACUCGGGCCAGAUUGACUUCUACCAGCACGACAAGGUGUGCACCAACACCUGCCGCAGCACCAAGUUUGACCUCCUAAUCAGCAGUGCUCGGGCGCCCGUGCCAGGUCAGCAAAGCCUGGUCCAGACUCCCACCUCUGCCGAUGGAAGCAUCACACAAAUUGCAGUAUCUGAGGAAAGCAUGGAGGAAGGGAUUGAAUGGAACUCUGCUCUGACUGCAGCAGUCACCAUGGCAACAGAUGAGGGAAUCAAGAAGGACCCAGAUGAGAUUUCAGAGGAUACACUAAUGUUCUGGAAAGGAAUUGCUGAUGUGGGCUUGAUGGAGGAAGUUGUCUGCAACAUUCAGAAGGAGAUAGAAGAGGUGCUGAGAGGUGUUCAGCAGAGACUUGGCCAGUCAUCCUUCCAGAUUACCGAUGCUGCUGUCUUAAAUAACGUUGCGCAUACUUUUGGUUUGAUGGACACAGUCAAGAGAGUGCUGGACAAUAGGAAAAGUCAAACUGAUCAGGGGGAAGAGCAGUUCCUCUUUACUCUUGCAGACCUGGACCGCCAGUUGGAGGAGCAAAAGAAGCUGGCCAGGGAUCAGAGGGUCAAAUCUCAGACAGUCCAGAAUGUGGUCCUGAUGCCCGUCAGCAACCCAAAGCCUGCAAAGAGGCCCCGCCUGCAGCGCCCGGCCUCGGCCACCGUUCUGAGCCCCUCGGCCCCUGUCCAGCAACCUCAGUUCACCGUCAUCUCACCCAUCACCAUUGCGCCCAUGGGACAGCAGUUCUCUGUGAGCAACAUCCCUGUGGCCACCAUCAGCCAGGGUUCAAGUCCCGUCACCGUGCAUACUUUGCCAUCGGGCUCACAGCUGUUCCGCUAUGCCACGGUGGUCUCCUCCUCCAAGACCAGCUCUUCCGAAACAGUGACCCUUCACCCAUCCUCAAGCCUGACCCUGCUAAGCUCAACGGCGAUGCAGGACGGCGGGGCCCUGGCCAACGUGGCCACCAUGGUGAACCCUGUCGAACUGGUGGCCAUGGAGUCUGGGCUGACCUCAACCAUCCAGGCCAUAGACGGCACUUCCGAGGAUGGGCAAACCAUCAUAGAAAUAGACCCAGCGCCCGACCCAGAAGCAGAGGCGGUGGAAUCGGGAGCCAAAGCUAUGAUUCUGGGGACCGAAGUCAGGACUGAGGAGAAGAUGGUGGCUGAGGUUGAUGAGCAUCAGCAUCAGGUCCAUAAUGUAGAGAUUGUGGUUUUGGAGGACUAGCCAGGAAGCUAGAUUAUAACAUUAUUUGGUUUAUCUUCUCUUAC